UCUUUUCUGUGUACCCUAUCUGAUUAGACCCAAUGAAUGCAUCAAGAAAAUAGUUAGGCUUAAUUGGAUUAUUAGGUAAUAGGGUAGUUGGACGAUAAUCUAUGUGGUAAAAAUACUAGGAUUUAAGCUUAUGUGGUGAAAUCUGUUAAGAUUUAAAUCCAAAAUUGAAAUUUUUUGUUAACUCUGUUAAUUUUUAGCACAUAAAAGCUCAUAUGUGAGAUUAAAAAAAUAAAAUUAGCCUUAUAUGUUUACAAUUAAUAGAGAGUUUCAUUUUAGCCUAAUAUGUGGUUCACGUGUUAAUUAAUGGAGAGUUGAUGAAAUUUUUAACUUUGGGCUUAAAUCCUAACAGAUUUCACCACAUGGGCUUAAAUCCUAGUUUUCGCCUGUAUCUUUCGUUACAAUUGGAUGUUUAAAUGAUUUUGAAUUUGUUUAAUUUUUUGUAAUGGUUAUUCAUUUUGAAUUAAAUUAUAAACGGUUUGGAUGGUUGGCAAAAGUUAUAGAGUGAGCUAUGCAAGUGUCAACAUUCAGGAAAUGAUUCAUGGUCAUCGUGACAUCUAGGUCAAGUUAUAAUGUCAUACGUGAGUUUUUCUCUAUAUAACAUUGUAUUGAACUCAUCACAUGGCAAUAAAUCCGUUUUAUGUUAUUUUCCUCUCCAUAUAUAACAAAAUAUGAUUUGAGGUAAAAGUAAAAGUGAUUUAAACCCAUCCCCUUUUUUCAUCUUAAUCUACUAAAUCAAGAAAUUUGUGUCGUUGAAAUUUCAUUCAACGAUUGAAGUUAUUAUAACUUUUAAAGUGGGUCUUUAUUUGUAGUCGUUUAAUCAAAUUUCAAUAGCACGGAUUUCUUAAUUGGAUGAAUUAGGAGGAAGGAGAGGAUCCUUUCUAUCCCCUUCUACUCAAUUUUUAUUUUUCAGCCCUACUGUAGUUUGGGUGGUCCCACAUAUCAGUACAGUAUAGUAGAUAAGAAACAAGGCCACCCGCCCUGCAGUCCUCUUCCUCUCUCUCAACCCAAAAACCAGACAGCCAUGUCAAUCCUUUCCAUUUCUUCACCUUCUUCUUCCUCCGCUCUCCUCCCCAAUGUCCUUUUCUCCUCCAAAUCCUCCGCAUUCCUCACCCCGCCACUCCAAAUCGCGGUCGCAAAAUCCCACAAAAAGCGACCGACGGGAGUCACCAUGAGCAUGGAGGCCGGCAUCGGAGUCAUGGCCACGAAGCUCGGCAUGAUGAGCUUCUUCGAGCCGACCGGCAAAGUCGUCCCGGUUACCGUCGUGGGUUUCAAGGAGGGCAACAUCGUCACCCAGGUAAAAACCCAGGCCACCGACGGCUACGACGCCGUCCAAAUCGGUUACCGUCGGGUCCGUGACCGGAAGCUGACGAAGCCCGAAAUGGGUCACCUCCAGAAAGCCGGCUCGAUCCCCCUCCGCCACCUCCAGGAGUUCCGGCUGCAAGACGUCGAAGGAUUCGAGCCGAACCAGAAGCUCUCCUUCGACGAGCUUUUCAAAGAGGGUGACAUCGUCGACGUCUCUGGAACCACAAUCGGAAAGGGGUUUCAGGGAGGAAUCAAGCGGCACAAUUUCAAGCGGGGGCUGAUGACCCACGGAUCCAAAAGCCACAGAGCUCUGGGUUCAAUCGGUGCCGGAACAACGCCUGGAAGGGUGUACAAGGGGAAGAAGAUGCCGGGGAGAAUGGGAGGGACCAAGACCAAGAUCAGGAAGCUGAAGAUUGUGAAGAUCGAUAAGGAGCUCAAUGUUGUGAUGAUCAAAGGCGCCCUGCCUGGUAAGCCUGGAAACCUUCUCCGCAUUGCUCCUGCUAAAAUUGUGGGCAAGAACAUUCCCAAGAGCUAGUUUGGUUCCUUUUUUUUGUUUAUGUUGUUUUUUUUCUGUGAAUUUUUGUAUCGGCAUUGACUCGCAUGAAUGAAUGUUAAGUAAUGUUUUGUGAA